GGGAAAAGGACGGGGGGAAAGUGUGGCUUUUGCUUACUAGUCCACCCACAGGCGCCCCGCCCCGCCGCCCGUUUCCUGGCUCUGGGACCCAAUUGCGUAACGCCGCGAGCCGCGCCUCCUUUUGGGGGAAUUUCAGUGUGAGAUCACCACUGGACCCCACUGCCCCUCCCCGCGGGAUGCCAUAUAAAUGCUCCCCUGGCAAACUACAGCUAGUAGCCGAAACCGGACAGCGAGCCGCGACCGUUCCCAGCAUUGCCUGCUGGGUGCCCUUUCGCCCCCUCCCCGACCGAGGAUGCUGGACGUGGACUACGCGGCGCAGUGUGAAGGAUCCCAGUAUGGCUGUAUGCUCACCAAUAGCUUCAUCAGCGACCUGGAAUUUUACAAACAAGAACCCUUGUUUCCUCCCUGUCUUGUGGACCCUGAGAGCUCCCCAGAGUCCUGUAUGAACUGGCUAGAGAUGCAGGAGCCUGGCUAUGGUAACUUUGAGGUGGGACAACUGGCCCAGCUGCAGAAUGUCCACGUCUCCUACCUACAGGGUUCUUACCCCCAGCACUCCAUGGAUGCCACCAUAUGCAGCCAAGAUGGAAUGAUGCCCACUCAGAACAUGUGCCUUGGACUGAAGGAGGAGUACCACGCUCAGAUCUACAGCCCAUAUGAGCAGUUCUCUAUUCCUGCGGAAGUCUCCAGCCCAUCAUCUGAGGAAGAAGAAUUUCAUGGGGACAGUCGAAAUCUUGAAGUGUCUGACAGCGAUUCAGAUGAGAAUCUCUCACCUGGGUUUGAUUCAGGCUCCCGCCGGAAGCUGCGCCUCUACCAGUUCUUGCUGGAGCUCUUGGAACGUGGGGACAUGAAGGAGUGUGUGUGGUGGGUUCAACGUGACUCGGGCAUCUUCCAGUUCUCCUCCAAGCACAAAGAGGUCUUGGCACACCGCUGGGGCCAGCAGAAAGGGAACCGCAAGAAGAUGACGUACCAGAAGAUGGCCCGGGCACUGCGCAACUACAGCAAGACGGGUGAAAUUCGCAAGGUGAAGAAGAAGCUCACGUACCAGUUUGGGACCUCGCUGCUGGGCCAGCCGCCCACCUCCUAAGCCCCUCUCCCAGGAAAACAGGACUCGGACAGUCACUAAUGAAUGGACCCUCCAUUGUCUGCCUUCCCCAGAACCCUUUUCUGGUGUCAAUUGGUCUAACCCCCUGAAAGACUCUGCACAGCCAUGCCAUAAUGUAGACUAAACGAGGGAGAGUAGUUUCCAGAAGGGGAGGCUGGGUGUGAGGACAUCUAGCUCCUAUGUCAGGGAGGAAACUCAACUUUUCGUUUGGAGGGUUGGGGACCAAGGCUACCGGAUUCUCUUGUGUGGGAUGGGUGAGUAGGAUACUCAGGACUGAGCUGGGAGCAAGGGCUUCUGGGAUACCUGGUAGGAGAUUUGGCUUUUAAUGGUGGGGGGCGGGGAUUGGGAAUAGAUCCCAAAUCUCCUGGAGUCCAGUACAUAGCUUUCUGUGUGUGGGGAGGCUGAUCAGGGUGGUGAAAUCUUUCAGUAGGGAAUUAAGAGGCCCGCCUUCUGAUGCUUCAGGCCAGGUGCUCCUUUGCCAGAUUGGGGGCCAGGGUGGUGGUGAGGCCAAAAUUUGAGUCAGGGUGUCCAUAUUCUUUCAGGGCUCUGUGGAAAUGAAUGAGAACCACAAGACUUUCUGCAAAGGGAAUGAGAUUAUUUGGGUUAAAUAAGGCAGUGGUACCGGAAACUCCUACCCGGGAGCUGUAUAUAGUCAAGAUGUUUUAUUUAAUGCAAAGGUUUAUUAUCGGAGGCAUUUGUACAAAAUCUGAUUUAUUUUUAAAUGGAUCUCUUCUGUAUAAAUUGUAAAUUUGCUAAUAAAAUUUUACAACAAAAGAGA